AUGCAUUUCAUUAAGACGUUUGUCUCUAUUUUCGCUCUCCAAACCAUCGCAGCAGCGCAGCUGAACGGCGAAGGUCUCGUUACCCGCAAUGAGUACCAAAUCGCUCGUCGUAACUACCUUGCCGCCCGCGACGAGUUUCUUACAACACGUGAGCUUUAUCUCCGCCAAGGUACUCCUGGUAAAUGUGAAAGAGUAAAAAAAGAACUACUCUGCGUACCUUCUGAACCUGCCAAGAAGCCCUGGUGGAGGCGACAAAAGAAGACACUUUGUCAGUGGCGUAUGAACCCUGGCGAUCUUUGUUACAUAUAG